UUUCUUUACACAACAGCUUGCCACCCCGCAGGGUUGCCUUCCUGUCAUCUUCUGACCUUUUGACAAAUGAGUGUUGGUUUCUAGGGGGCCCUUUCACAAAACACUUGCUCAUUUGCAACGGGCUCACAGGCGCGACCUUAAAUGAUCGCUGCCCAACCCAACUGGCGAGGCUACCUCACCUAACUUACAUUUAAGUUGUAGAUGCUGCUUCUCCUUGUGCGCAAGUCUGCACGACAGCUAGGUGGCACAUGCGAACACAAGGCCCAAUUUCCAAUUCAACUGGUUGGCUCGGCUUUGAUUGCCCUCCAUUGUCAAUCCUUUCGAAGGACCUAGAGCAACCCUCCGACGACCUUCAUCCCAGCUAUAAGCUUAUGCGACCAGAAGUUUGUCCGGUCUAUCGCCUGCUGCGUCAAGUAUCAAUCCAAGAUGUUGGGUCGACUAAGGGCUAGCUGCGUCUUGGCAUCAGCCUUGGGGCUUGCCUUGACUAGAAUCGCGCAGGCUUAUACUCUCGACCCCAACUCUACAGACUCGGUCAAAAUGAUUUCUAGACAAAUUGCAGACGACAUGAUUGACAAUUACUACUUUGGCCACUUGCCGGGGAACCAACCUGGGAUACUACCAAAGCCAUACUACUGGUGGGAGGGCGGUGCUUUAAUGGGCGCUCUGAUCGACUAUUGGUACUACACAGGUGACACCAAAUUCAAUAAAAUGACUAUGGAAGGUCUCCUAGCCCAAGUCGGCGAAGAAAAAGAUUACAUGCCGGCAGCCCAGGCCUUCAACGAAGGCAACGAUGACCAGGGCUUCUGGGGAGUGGCGGUUAUGGCAGCGGCAGAGUACAGGUUUCCCGAUCCACCCCCUGAUAAACCACAGUGGUUAGCGCUCGCGCAAGCCGUCUUUAACACGCAGGCGUCGCGCUGGGACAUGGGCAACUGCAAUGGCGGGCUACGUUGGCAGGUGUAUGACUGGAACAACGGCUUCGACUACAAAAACACGAUUUCCCAGGGGUGUUUCUUCAACAUAGCAUCCAGACUGGCGCUUUAUACCGGCAACACCACGUAUGCUGAGUGGGCAGAUCGGGCAUGGGACUGGAUAUGGGGCAUCGGAAUCAUCAACACGGAGACAUGGUGGAUACAGGACGGUGCCAGGAUCGCGGGAAACUGCACCAAUAUAACCCCCUACGUGUGGACCUACAAUACAGGCGUCUUGAUGCAUGGCGUAGCGGCCAUGUACAACUUUACGACCGGCGCAUCACGGCAGAGGUGGGCGGACCGGCUCGAUAAGAUUGUCGACAUGGCCAAGAUCUUUUUCAACGGCACGAACAAGGACGUCAUGUCCGAAGUGGCUUGCGAACCCGUUGGGCGGUGCAACAUUGACCAACAGUCUUUCAAAGCAUACCUCUCGCGCUGGAUGGCUGCCACUACGAAAUGGGCACCCCAGACUUCUGACCGCAUCAUGCCAUUGCUGAGAUCUUCGGCGGUCGCUGCAGCACAGCAGUGCACUGGCGGCGAGAAUGGUCGCAUGUGUGGUUUGCGGUGGAUAGAUGAAGGGCGAAACGACGGGCUUUUUGGACUAGGUCAAAUGAUGGCGGCGCUCGAGGUCGUUAUAAGCGUCAUGGCUGUCAACUCGAGCGCGCCUGUGACAGAUAACUCGGGUGGUACGUCGCGGGGCGAUCCUGGUGCUGGUGGUAGAGACAUUGGCAGGACAAGCUUCGAAACGUUUGCGCCCAUCAGCUCAGGAGAUAGGGCUGGAGCGUACGCGCUUACUGUGGCCAGUCUGGUAGGCCUUUUCGCAGCUGUUGUGUUCGUGCUGAUGGACGAGACGGAGAAGAAGUCAUGGCCGCAGCGGUGGUCAGAGUUGCGCUUAUUCAUUGUGCACGGAGGGAGGUCCGGUGAUGGCGCGGCCACUAUAGUAGCGGGAGGUUUACUGCGGAAAAAGGCUCCGUCCGCGGAGGAAAAGGGCAAGGCCGUCGAUGCUGUUGGUGAGGUGCAUAGAUCCGACAGCGAUGGAAGUACCGGCACCGCAAUUGCAGACGCCAACCGAACAAAAAAUGUCAACAGUAUGCGGGUAUUUUCCAUGGGUCCGAUCUCUGUCAGACAAGCCCCUGACAGCGGAUCUGCUCCUGAACAAGGGGCAGGUUUUCGAAGGUCUGCCACUCAUCAACUCGAGAGGUCAGGACCGACAUCAACUAAGCGCAACUCACUCAAGAAGUCCGCGGCGCCGAGCAGUCCAAGACCGUCCAGAGUAUCUGCCUAGUGGGCGAAAGAGGGCAGGCGGCUGCGCAAGAAAAAGAUGCCGACCUCAGAGGUUUGAAUAGGAAAGAAACAUACGCUGUAAUGUCAGCUGAAGUUUAUGAUGCAACGACCCGCCCUUGACUUGGAUCUUUUGGCUAUGAUCGGAAUACUGCCAGGCUAUAACAUGAUUUCGAUAUUCCCAUUUCUUGUAUAUUGGAAUAACUCGCAUUUACUUAUGUAACGAGGGAACGAGGUCGGAAAGACGAUUACAACAUCGACAAAAUGCAUGACUGAACGACUCUUCUUUUUUUGGCAUAGCAUCAACAAGGAUAGGAUAUGAAAAGGGCGCAUACAUUGACAGGCAGUUCUUUCAAAUUGCAUGCUCAGUAAUCGUG